CCAUCAUCACGAUGAACCAGAUGUCUGGUAGCAAUCCGUUCAACGAACACAAUCCACGUACUUUGUACGUUGGGAACCUUGAACCAUCUGUGACGGAGGAGCUCAUAUAUGCACUUUUCGGCCAGAUAGGUGCUGUCAAGAGCUGCAAAAUCAUAAAUGAGGCUGGCAACGACCCGUACUGUUUUGUUGAGUUUGCUGAACACCAGGCGGCAGCUGCAGCGCUUCUAGCCAUGAAUAAAAGGCAAUGCCUAGGAAAGCGGAGCAAGCUAAAAAGCAAUCUGCUUAAUAUUGAAUCGUCAUGCCUGGCUGCGUAUGCAGACGUUACUGCAGCUCCACAAAUGCAGCUGAGGAAGAUGAUGAUUCUUAUACGUGCAAGACUGACAGCGUUUUCAGAUUGA